AACCCUGGGCUUUAUUACACUCUGUGCAGAUUACUGAAGCCACUUGGAAAGAGGGAGAGAGGCACAGCCAGACAUAUACUAACUAUAGGAUCCCUGCAAGCUCAAGACAAGAGCAAUGCAGCUUCAUUCCUGUUCUCCCAGCGGGGAUUUAGCAUCUGGUCACCUCUCUUGAGAACACAAACAGCAGGAUUCCUAUGUAUACACCACAGGAGAGGGGAGGACAGAGUGCGCACAAGCAGAUGGUCUUUUGGGUGUAUUCAUAUAAGUAUAACAAGCCACGUUAGGACGGCAAGCAACUGAGGUCAAAUUACUGUGCGUGGAAAAUAAAAAUGGCCGAUUGUGUGCAUCUUCACAUGUUUAUAUGUAUGGCCAUCUUGGCCGCCAUUGAGUCGUCAACUACCUUAAUUAAAUUAGACAUCACUAAAGCAACACUUACUCCUGAAGUUGCUGAGGGCAACUCAAGGAAGAAUUUUUCUGAAGAGGCUUCUAAAAGUGCAUUGGACGUCCAAAACGUUUCCCCUUGGGAGGGAAGGAAUAAUGAAGAAGUAUCACAUACCAAACCACCUGGAAGGAGAUUUGCCAGUUUGGUAUCAGUAGCUGCGUUUAUGCCGGAUGAGAAGAUAACAGAUAAUAUAGAGGAGAAUGUACAGAAGGUCUCAAAUGAGUUUCCGUAUAAAGAUCAUAAAAAACUGGCAACUGGCAACUUGCAAAAACACAAUAAAAUGAGCCAGAGACGCUCAUCGAGCACUGUUGGGACAAGUGCUGAAGAAGCUGGACAUACGCUCUCCAAGAUACAUCCUACUAUUUCCAAAAUAUCUGAACCAGAUUCAGAAUCGGAGACCACAAACCAAGUCCAGAUGAGAAAUGGUGAAAGACCGGAGUUGAGUGAUGAGAAGUCAUCUUCUCAAGCUUUGCAACUGGAAAAUUAUGUUGACUCUGGAAAUGUGCAGGAGAGGAAAAUUGCAGCAUUGACCACCGUUCAUCCAGUUGUUUCCACCAUAUCACUGACAACUGAACUGCUGUCAAAUGUACACACAGGAGAUGACGGACCUUUCACCCAAAUACAAAAACUGCAAAUAGAGAGUGGAGAUGAACAAGCAAACAAAGCGCUGUUACAAAAUAUUGUCGAAUCUCAAAAUGAGCUUGAGGACGAUGAUACCCAAGCCACACCGGAAGCUAUAAAAGAAAUGAUUGAGGACAAUUUUCUUGGUGAAAAUCUAAUCCCAAAGGUAUAUGCAAUGCAACCUACAGAGAGAUACCAUGCUGCAUUCAGGACCACGGAUGGAUACUCCACUUUAGUAGAUAGUGGGCCAGAAGGCAAUGAAGUUAUAUCUGCUGACGUUGAGUUCCUCCAUGCAGACAGCAUACAUUAUCAGAAGGAUGGUAACACAAUCCAGGAGGAUUUCACAAAAGCUGAAAACGACACAGAAGAUCCAUAUUUUUCUCCUUUGCUUCAGGCCAAGAAAACAUUAGAUGCAGUUGUCCAAGUCAAUAAUGUAGAGACUUCUACAGAUCUUUCCGACAAGCCACAUCCAUCAACUCCACUGCCCACCUUACCUCCUUAUUUCAUGGAAGAUGACCUUCCUCAUGCUACUGUGAGUAUCAGGGAUCAAGUAACAUUGGAGGCAAAAGCAAGGAUGGAAACAGAACGGAUAUUAAUGACAGGAGGAACUGAAGAUGAGGAGGACACUCCUGUCAUCCACCCAAUAGCUUCCAGCAAGACAGGCCUGCAGGACAUGCUCUUAACGUCUUCACAAGGUCACCAAACCCCAACACCAGCGAUGCAAGUAUAUGGGAAGAAGUCUGAUAAAGCUCAGGAACCUGAAAGACCCCCCACACAGCCAUGGAAAAUGACCUCAAUAACUCUGAGAAACCCAAUCAUUGGAAGUGUUCCACCUGGACUUGUCAUGUCUACUACAUGGCCAAGACUGCAAGACCCAGCGCCAGGUACUAGCCCACCUCCGGCGGUUGAAAUUGCAACACCUAAAGAUUUCCCGAAUGGAACCAGAAAGAAUGGGCGCCGGGGUGAAAUAAGAGUCACAACUCAAAGAGCCCUACAUCGGCCGCAACUAAUAGAUGCCCCGACCAGCCUACCAUCCAAAAAGACAACCUUGGAGACUCCUUUAUGCGGCAAGACCAGCGGAACCUGUGAAUUUGUUGGAACCAACCAGACACUCCUAAUGUGGGAAGACCUACGUCACACUCUAAAUUUUGCCUGGGAUAUGCAUGUCUACGGAACUGGUGCCCUAUUUAUUCUUCUAUCCGUAAUUGCACUGAUCAACCUGAUUGGAUCUCCCAUUCUACGAGUGUCCUACCUUCCCUACAUUAUUGUUGCUAAUGCCCUCUUGUUUGCAGUGGGAAUCCUUCGGGGUGUCUUCUUUCUUCUCGACCCUUACGGGACAAAGAUGAAGAUUUCACAACCUAUCGCUCUUGUCCUUUACAAUGUUACCUUCCCAUUUAUGUUAUCAGCGUUUGCUGCGUUGGUACUCCUGGUUCUGAAGAUGGCGCGCCUCCAGCUUCUGCCACCUAAGUUGCAGAGUCUGGCUUUGCUUGCUGUUAUUGCAACCAUCCAUUUCAUAGUCCUCCUGAGUGCGGACCUGCUCACCCACCUCCUGAAUCCUUCUGUAAACAUGGUCUUACAGAUCCUUUCCAUCUCCUGGGGCAUAUUUCUAAUGGUUGGGAAUUUUGUGGCUUACUAUCGACUAAGAAAGAGCUGCAAGGAUACCGUAAAUGAAACACAAAGGGUGUCACCGGCUGGUGAAGAAAUCAUGGUGGUUCAAACUCAAGGAAGAAGUACCAAGUGCAUAUUUACAUCAUCCAGAGUAUUACUAGUAAGCAGUAUCUUUGGGCUUCUGUGCUGCGGCCUGCAAGUGUAUGCCAUAUUGUGGCUGUAUGGAAUACUUGGUAGGAAGAAUGAAUUUUCCUGGUCUUGGUGGUUUCUUCAGUUUUGGUUUCGGAUCUUUGAGUUAGCUCUUUGCUUCUCCUUGGUUUUCGUAGCAUCCCACAGCUUCUGUCUCCAGUGUAGUAGUAAUGAUCAUACUUGUUGGUCCAAAAUCAUCAGCUACUUCUGCACCUACAAGAAAAGUGAUGUUCCAGAGUAUCCAAACAACUGCUACGAUUGGACAAACAAUAUUCAAGACAGGGUGGUCAACAACAACAUCAACAAAAGCAUAAUUCGGAACCAGGCCGAGAACGUUCCACUCAGGAUCCUCAAGGAAAACAAUGAAACAAAGUCUGGGACAGUAUUCGGGAACAAUAGUCGAUCUUCAUCGCCGCUUUUUAAACCUAAACCAGAAUCCGUGUUUGGGCCAAAAUCGCAGAAUGUUACCAUGGGACGCUCCUACACUAGUAUAUGUUUUGAAAAGGAGUCAAUGCUUUCACUUACAGAUUUGGAGUUCCGUCCACCAUCACCUAUCAAUCUGAGCAGAAGCAUAGAUGAAGCAUUGUUUAGAGAGCAUCUGGUCAGAGACAGCAUAUUUCUAGAUUCCAGUCUUCAGUAUCCCAGUUAUCUAAUCAGACAGGACUCAUGUUCUUCUUUAAAGGAAUGUUCCGCUUUAAACCAGACAGUUGAUCCACUGAUCUCAUCCGACUUGAAAAUGAGAAGAUGCAGCAACCCAGACUACACGUACAGCUUGGCCAAGUGUGACUCCAUGACUGAGGUUGACUCUCCAAGCGAAAGUCUGCAGCAGAGCAAAGAGCUUCCUCGUGAUGUCACAACAGAAGCAGUCGCCUCCGGUAGCUCCAUGGACAGUGUUUCCAAGGGGUCCAUCAAAUUCAGCUGGAAUCCCUGGCGUCAUGGACUGUCUUCUGUGGAAAGCCUGCCUCUCGAAGAUACACCUACCACUCAACUUCUCAAGCAAGGAUCCCAACCUAGCAUCCUAUCCAGAGGCAGUGAGCCGGAGAAAACGCUCGGGAGGAGACUUAUCGAAAGAAGCCAAACGAUAGACUCUCACAGCAUUGCCAGUGAGACCAUUGAACUGUGAGCCUGAAACCAUGAAAAUAAAAAAUACAACAUGGACUGAAGGGAAUGGUUGCCAGGUUUUUAAAGACAUUUACAUACUGUCAAGGAGGAUUUUAAACGAAAAACGUUUUCUUGAGGAAUAAAAAAGCACAAAAAGACUAUGCAAGAUGUCCCCCUCCCAUCUAGUUAUUAUAUACAGUGUGUAUUUGAUCUGUUAUAAGCACAUCAAAGUCUGUGUUUGUAAGCAACAACGUAAGUCUUCGUUUUGUUACAGGACUGUUUUUUAUAUCUAUUUAUUUUGGACCGCGGAAGCGAUUUCCUUCACCAGCCAUUGUAUUAAAGCUAAUGCUAUGAUAUAUAAGGAUUACGAAACGGACGUCUUCUGACUUUUCUGUGUUAUUUUGUCUCAAACAAAAGCACUUAACAGGCGGGGUAUUUAUGAGUUCCUGCCUCCGCAGUCGAACUGGACUUAACCUCAUAAAAUGCUUAUGUACAGAAGCCUAAAGCCUGUAUGAUUUACAGAAUGUGGUACUUUGAGUAAAGAGGUACGUGUGGAGAAAGUUAAGGAGAGCUGGGCUGGUGCAUACGAUGUGUUUCCAUGGCGACCAUUAGAUGCCUAAGAAUCAUUCUGCAAUGCAGAGACCUAACCAAAAAUAACAUGAAAGAAAAAAAAGUGUUAAUUUCUGGACAGUGUUUAAGACAAUCAGGCGCAUGCUCUCAAAGUAACACAAUUGGUUAAUAACGUAGUGAUCUGCUGGCAGAAAUAAGUAGUAUGACACUAUAAAUGAUCACAUCUGUGGUUUCUGCAUAGGCUUAUUGUGUAUACCCUAAUGGUUAUACUUCAUGCACGAUGAUGCAUAACAUACAACGAAGCCCAUUUAUCAGUGAGUUUUAUCUAUUUAAAACUUGCUGCAUAUGAUAAAUGGUGUUCCAGUCAAUCAGCUCCCAGCUGUCACAUGUUUUAAUAAUGACAGUUGGGAGCUGAUUGGCUGGAGCACCAUUUGUCACACGCAACGAGUUUUAAAUGGCUAAAGCUCGUUGAUAAAUGGGCCCACAUUAUCUAUCCUGAUUCUGAGAUGCAUGUAAUGCAGGUGCCGAACAUCUGUCUGCAUUCUGACUCCUACACAUCUAUGUGACCGCAGCGACCCCAGCCCUCCGCUUGCAAGCGCUACCAUCAUCACUACCCUUUGCCACCCAGUAACACCCAUUCAUCUGUGUGUAUGAGAAGUGACCUAAGAUGUGGCAACUGGGAUUGCUCUAUGUUGUGUAUGCAGGCCGUGACGCAUGAGGAGUUUGCUCUAAAAAUGUGUCUGCAUCCGGAAUUGCGUGCCACUCAGAAUCUGGACCUAUGUGUUGUUCUUUCUUGCACACAAGAACUAUUCAUGAUAUCUGAACAUAUAACAAACUCAUCCAUGGAAAAUUAUAGCUAAAUUGUUGACUGAAUUUGCUAACGUUCAUUUGGUGACAUUCCUAUAUAUUUAAUAGUCCACUUGAUAUUUGGUGGAAUUUAGGGAAGCAGAAUGGAAAGGAAUGAUUCCAAAAUACUCUUUACAAAAUCUAGAGGCUGCCCCAUCUGUUCAAUUAUUGGAAUGUUGGUUUAGCCAUAAUUUGCUCUAGAUGAGAUUGUGCUGCUGUAGGUGUAAUUACUCUAGAGUUUGGAAUUUAAAUUAUAUAGUAAAGAAAAUAUCAAGAUUAUAAUCUGAUUCUGUGUUAACAGCCACAGCCUAAGAGGUGCAAUGACACACAUUGUAUAAAUGUGGAAUUAUUUAGGAGUCGCUCGGCUUCCAGGACCCAGCCUCCUCAUCAUGACUUGCCAUGGGCGGAGGAAUUGGCCUGGUACACAACUGUGCCCUGUUAUGGCAUUGCAUGGUACAAAUGUGCAGUAACCUAUAGCAACUCAUCUACAGUCAGCUGUGAUCUGUGAUUUGUUAGGCUAUGUGGACACAAGCGUUAUUAAAACCGCCCUCCCUUCAUCCUAUUUUGAACAGGUGACCAGAGAAGCAGGGGAAUGUUAGGUAGGUAGUAUUGAUCACUAUAGAGAGGUGCUCAUUGCUGUACUGAUCAGAGAGGAUUGUGGGAAUGUGGCGCUUCUUCAGGUUUUCCCCCAUCCCUUUCCUGUAAUCCGCCAUGGCAGUGCCCCAGCACCUCUCCACAGGGUUCUCUGAGCUCUGAGUGAUUUCCCCUGUCUCCUUGCUCAGUGGAAUGGAGAGAGAAGUGUAGAAGCCCUUGGCUGCAAUCGGCUACCCCCUGUUCAGGAUCAGUGCUAGAUAUUUUUAAUCUACCCAUUUCAGCUCUUCCUGCAAAUAAUAUGCCCCCCCGCUACCUCGUCUGCAGCCAUCUUUAAAUGCCCUGACAUAACCGUCUUGGUAGACUGUAACCCAGCUGUGGCUUUGAUGAACAGUAUUAGCAUAUGAAUUAAUAUUAUUUCCAGCUAUUUUGUGUCACAGCAAUGGAUCAUUAGACCCCAGGUGCUAUAUGAAGCAUCAGCUGCUAAUAACUAUAAGAAUCACGUGUAAGUCUAUAACUCGCUCCUGAGCCACCCAAAACCUCUUAGUGUCCCUUCUGGGACAGAAUACGGCUCAGCAUCAGCAAUCCCAGGGAUGCCACGAUGGGGCGCUGCAGCAGUAAUAUUAUUCACCGCUCCUAGUGCUUGCACUAUUGUCCCUACCAGCAGUUCCAAACAUAGGUGUUGCCAAAUGAAGAGGUGCCAUCAUUUCAGUCAAUUGUGGAUGGAUUACGGACAGGGUGGGUUGUAUUUGCGGCAUGGUCAGAGGGAUUGUGGACAAAUUUUGUCCUGAUUUUAUUUUUUUAUCCCCAAUUUUGAGAGGCAUCUGUCUGAAUUCUAUUUUUUUUUUUUUUUUAAAUGAGACCCCACCAACGGCCUAAUAAAAACUGACAUACAGGUAUUAGUAAGAAGGCGUUUAUAGCAUACUCCUCUGCUCUGACAAAUACCCACUUACCUGCACAACCACUGUUCCUGGAGUUCCCAUGGUGGCUCUGUUAGAGACGCACUUAGCUAAUUUCAGUAAAGGCACAAAGUACCAGCAGCUUCCACUUGGACAGUAGGGUGAAUAUACAGCACAUGAUAUAUACAUACAUAUAAGGACAAUCUACACAAGCGUCACACCUACUGCCCUGCAUUAAGAGCACUGCCUCCAAAAAGUAUUUUUUUAGCACACCCACAGGCAGCCGUUUUUUUAGACUGGACCAAUGUUCAACCUGUCAAUUUACUACUAGCCAAUGGAAUGAAUGAGGCUCGAGGCAUAAAAUGCUCCAUGCCUCAGUGAUGUCACUGGCUCCUCGUGAAUUGUUAGCCAAACCUGUAGCUUAUAGUCAAACAAAACCUUUACACUGUCCCCCAAGCUUACACAAACGUCAGUAUUUACAGAGUUAUUUUCUAGUGUGGAUUUACACAUGUGAAGCGAUUAUAUAUGGGACAAUAGACUUCCUACUGUGAAUUAUUUGGAUAUUAGAAGUCACUGUGGAGUUCUCUGACCAUAUAAAUGAAGGUGAUUCCUAAUAUCCUACAUAGCUAGCAACAUUUAAACACACCAAAUCUGCCCUAACCCCACCCCUAUCUGUCCAAACACCUUCCCUGUCUGCCGAAACCCAAUCCAUGUCUGUUCAAACCCCAUCCCUAUCUGCCCAAACACAACCCCUAUCUGUCCAUACCCCACCCCUAUCUGCCCAUACCCCACCCCUAUCUGCCAAUCCCAACCCCUAUCUGUCCAAACCCCACCCCUACCUGCCCAAACACAACCCCUACCUGUCCAAACCCCACCCCUAUCUGCCCAAGCCCAACCCCUACCUGUCCAAACCACAUCCCUAUCUGCCCAAGUCCAACCCCUACCUGUCCAAACCACAUUCCUAUCUGCCCAAACCCUACCCCGACUUGUCCAAACCCCACCACCAACAUGUGCAAACGCCUCCCCUAUCUGUUCAGAAGCACCGGCUAUGGUUCAAAACUAUGCCCCUUUCAUAACCUACAAGUCAGGACAGAUGGGAUAUAUGUAUCAGUAAUAAUUUACAGCAGGGGUUGCAUUAUUCCUAAUGAAUACUGAAUUGACAUCAGGACUCUCUGAUUAUAUACAGAUAUUGCAUUCAGGAGUUUAUACAAGUAUUAACAUCACUUGGGUGUUGUAUAUAUGUCUUUUUACUUGUGCCUGUAUAUUGUUGCUUUUCUUACACCGGCAAUCACUGACAGAAUGCUGAUUAUAUGAGCUCUCGCCGGGCUGAUGAAAAGUUUAGGGCAAAGAAGCCGGCACAUUAUAUCGGUGUGAAGUGUAGAUUAUAAACUGUGACAAUCUGAAGUGAGGCAGUCACACUAGAGCGUAUGAGCUGUCUCUCUGUAUCACUGCACAUUUAUGUAUGUAUAUAAUCUUGUGUCAAGGCUUGGUAUGCCAGCCGUACUGUGUGCCAAAUUAUACUUGUAAAUAAACUUUGUCUUUAAGAAAAUAAAA